AUGUCACCGAAGCAGAGAAUGCAGUCACUGAGUUUAGUUCUGCUAUUCGUUCGCUCGGACAAAACACGUUCCGUGAACUUUCGGACUGCCAUCCCACCCCACAUUGGAUACAAGAAGUAUGUGCCGCAAGGUCAGCAACCCGGUGAAAAUGAGGCUUACACACAGCUCUGCGACGGGAAGAAUCGCCGAUGUAUUUACUGCAUAGGACCAAUGAAUCAAGUAUUGAAGAUCAUGGAGCUGAAAGGUUAUCAGUCCAAUAGGCUCAAUUGCAGUCUCCCGGAUCUGGUAAUUCAGGAGAAUAUUUACGGCAUUUUGUUUCAGGACGAUGAAUUGCCGUCUAUCACUCAUGCAGGAAGAAAGAAUGAACAUGAAACAUCUCGCACUCGAUACAUGGAAACCGCAACUGGGUGA